AUGGCGGCCGUCCCCGGGUCCGAUCGGCUUUCCAAUCUCUCCGACGACGUGCUCAUCUACGUUUUAUCCUUCCUACCCUCCAAGGAAGCUGCCAAGACCACCAUCCUGUCUCGCCGAUGGCGCUGCCCGCUCUGGCUCGACACUGCCGUCGUCAACCUCGACUCGCGCUCCUACGCCGGCACCGGCUCUCCAGCAUGCGACGCCCUCCACGCUUUCGCCUUGCAGCGCUCCCAUGGCCGCGUCUCCACUAAGAUUAGUAUUGUCAUGCAUGACGGCUCCAUGCACGGCGACGUUCUGCGCGCAGCCUGCCACGACGAGGCCGCCGUCGAGGAGCUCCGGCUCGACUGCUUCAAGGAGUUCUGCAAGGGCUGUCCAGACUCGGACAUGUACUCGCUAUCGCCGGCCACGCUGCCAUUCUCCGCCCUCCGGGUCCUCGACCUCAGCGGCUGCCUCCUGAUGGACAUGAAGCAGCCGCGGCGGAGGGUCGCGUUCCCGUGCCUGGCGGGGCUCCGGCUGCGGCUGUGCGCCAUGGAUCGCGCCAUGCUCCAGGAUAUGGUCUCCGGCUCUCCGCUGCGCCUGUGCUCGCCAACCUCCGCCUCGAGUCCCUGA